AUGCAAGAGGAACAUAACAUUCAGUUAGUGGUGUUUGGUUUGCUUUGGCAAAAAAAAUGUUUUGGGGAAGAGAAUACUGUAAAGAUAGAAAGGGAGGUUGAAAAUUCUAAACCUGUAUGGAGAAAGUGUAUAUGCUAUGCACUUCAGUCUCUGUUGGACCUUGCACUGCAUUCCACAGCAGCUGCAGCAGAUCCUUUGCAUGAAGAUGUCACAUGUUUAGUGGACACAGGUUUUUGGUUAAAGAGAUUGAGCAUUCUGAAAGAUCUUCAAACAUGUGGUGAGACAAUUUCAAAGCCUGAUGUUGUAGAAGAGCCCUUGAUCACUGGUAUGGAAACCUUCUCUGUUAAUUACAAGGUUCAAUGGGAAUUAUCCCUUGUGAUAUCAAGAAAAGCUCUGACAAAAUGCCAAUUAAUUUUUCGAUUUCUAUUUCAUUGCAAACAUGUGCAUAGGCAACUUUGUGCAGCUUGGCAACUACAUCAAGGUGCACGUGCACGUGAUAUGCACGGAACUGCAAUAUCUUCAUCAUCAAUACUAUGCAUGAAUAUGCUUAAAUUUAUAAAUAGCCUUUUACACUAUCUAAUAUUUGAGCCAGCACAAAAGAGUCGCACCCAGCUCAGAAGGCUGGUGCGCCCGGCGGGCGCUCUGGCAAAAGAAUAA